AUGACACCCAUAUCAAUCUUUGGGGUUACCAACAACACAGUGAGAGCAAACUCACCGACUGCAAUAUUCAUAGGCAUCAGCCUGAUUAUCAUAAUAUUCAUCCGCCAAUCCGUGCGUAUAAGGUCGAAAAGACUAGAGAGAUCGCUAAACUGCGAGGCUCCACGAGACGAGAGCGAUCGUUUUCAAUUCGACAUAUUCGGCAUCGUGAAGGCACUCGAGCUGGGAUAUCACUUCCACAACAAAAGUUCUCUUGAAUAUACCAAUUCCUUAUUCGGCCGAUAUGGGGAGACCUAUGCUUCGUAUAUAAUGGGAUACCGACUUUUCUUCACCCAUAGCGCAGAAAACACAAAACAUUUACUAUCUACUGCAUUCUCCGAUUUCGAAAGCUCGCCUUUGAGAAAACCCUUGUUCGAGCCGAUCACGCCCCAUGGGAUCUUUACACUAGACGGCCCACAGUGGAAGGCCAGUCGUGACCAGCUACGCGGACGCUUAGCAAAUUUGAGGAAAAUCAUAGAUUUGAACGUUUGUGAAGAGCAUUUCCAGGCAUUUCUCAAACAUGUACCAAAUAAUGGCGGUCUGUUCGAUGUUCAAUCUUGUACGUUUGCCUUAUCCUUAGAUUUGCAAACUCUGUUUUCGUUGGGUGAAUCUAUCGAUGCUCUAAGCUUUAAUCAGUCUGCAGAAAAGAAGCAAUUCUUUGAUGAUCUACUCUUUGUGAAGACUCGUAUAGUACACGAUGGAUUCAGAGGGCCACUGCGUCACCUUUACCCCAAGGGUCCAUUCCUUCGGGCGUGUGAGAGAGUGCGGGCGUUUGUAUUGACACGCGCAUCUCGUGAGAUUCGGAAAAGAAAAAAGAAAAGUGAAAUGGUUGUCUUAGAUGAAGAUUCCGAAGAUAUCACUCAACUCACAGAUCAAGCUCUGAGCAUAUUGCUUGCCAAUGACAGUAUGAGUACCAUACUCUCGGGGGUAUUCUUUUGUCUUGCCAAAGAUCAACACAUCGUGGGCAAGCUUCGCAAGAGUAUUGUUGAUGCCAUUGGCCUUUCACCACCGACAUGGAAUGAUCUGGGAUCCCUCCAAUACGUCCGCUGGGUGAUUUAUGAAGGUAAGAUUCUUUGUCCAAUCUGA